ACCAGGUCGUAAUUAGCUCAAUAAUUAACGUCAAAGAGUUACAAUGGUUUGGUUUGAAGUAAUUUACAGGAAAGUCUGUUGCUUUAAUGUUCAUCUUGACGAAGUUUUGCUCUUGUGUGCAGUUUAGCAAUGCUGUUGUUUUUCAGAGAAAAAUUGCUGAUCGGAGUGAAUGAAUGUGUUUUUUUUUGGCUUCUUUGUCAUUGCCUAUUGCGGUCAAUAACUAACUCAAUGGGUGUUAGGGAAGAAAAGUUCAAAGGUUUGUUUUGGAAUAAUUCAUAGCAACUAUUUUUUUUUUUUUUGAGAAGUGGUAAUUCAUAGCAACUAUGCAUUUACAAUCUCGACAAUUUCACCUGCAAUUCUUUGACAAAGAAGAAUCUCGAGGCCCCAAUGAACAGUUCAUCGUGGUUGCUUGAAAGACCGGGUUGUAAUUAACUCGAUACGUGAUGUAGAAGAGUUACGAUGGUUUUGUUUUGGAGCUUUAGGGUUGUCUUGAUUAAGUUUUGUUCUUGUGGUCUGUUCGGUUUGGUUUGCGAAACGUACCGGCAGAAUAAUUUUUUGGAAUUUAAGCUAUAUUGUUUUUUUUCAGAGAAUAAUUGCUGAUUGUUAUCAUCGUAUUGAAUCAUUGUGUUUUGAGGAUUAUUUGUCAUGGACUAUUGCAGAGAAUAACUAACUCAACACAUAUUAUGGAAAAAGAGUUCGAUGGUUUGUUUCGGAGUAAUUUAUAGAAACUCCGUUGCUUUAGGCGUUGUCUUGAUGAAAUUUUGGUCUUGUGUAGUGUUUAGUUUUGGUUUGGAGAGUUUAGACAUGUAAAACAUUUCUGCUACCGACAUGAAAAUUGCGUGGAAUUCAAGGUGUUGUUAUUUGCAGAGAAUAAAUGCCGUUUAUAUUGAAUCAAGGUGUUCUUUAGGUUAUCGUUGCCCAUUGUAGAUCAAUUUACUUUCAUAUUGCAUGACUCGAGUAUCUUUUUAUGAGGCAAUUUCAGUUGUGAAUUCCUAGAGCUGAAAUACUAGAGCACUGGAUUUUCCUAUUUGAAACGUGUAGGUUAAUUGUUUACAAAGAAUGAAAGAAUAUUUCCUAAUGUAUUUAGUUUGAGUCGGUUCUCUCGGACUUAAAAUUUAGGCCCAUUCUGUUGGCUUGUAUUCAUUCAAGCAGUGAUGGGUAUUUGUUACAAAACGAACCUAAUAUCAACGACAAUGAAUGUGCUUAGUCAGUUUCUUGAUGGGAAAAUACGGGAGCAUAAGAUUUCAUUACACUCAUAGUGGAGAUACUAAGAAUGUCACCUUAUGCGCUGCUUUUCACAGUGUUAUGCAACCCAGCAGUAGCUUGAAGUCUUUGAUUUCAUUCAUGAUUCAUCUUUCUAUGUGUUAAUUUAACCUAAUAAAGUAGAAUUUUGAGGAACUGCAUUGCUUCUGGUUCAGUCCAUUCAUCGUGGUCCGUCAGUAGCUUAAGAGUGAUGUUAGAUAGCUGGGUGACCGAUUCAUGAGCUUGCUUGAUUUCAUGUUUGACGUAUAGAUCACGGAUAUUCUCUCUGAGCGACUAUAUUCAUUAACUAGAAAGAAAAGGUGCUGGUGAAAACAUACUGCCUCUCUCGUCUUCUCAUGGGCUCUAAUAAGCAGUUGGGUUUGUGUGAAGUUUGUGUAUUUGGACCGAUGCUUGUACGAUUCGCAGGGGUUGAGCCACGGUUACCCCUAGCUGUUGGCAACGUCAGCUAACGCAGGUGGUGUCUUAGCAUUGAACCUAGAACUGGGUCAUGCUUGAGAGGUACUUUCGAUGCAUUGCUGAGAAAAAUUGUUGUGGUGGUGGAUGUCCUCUACCUGAGCAUAUCCUCUAAUUCUGAAAAGGGACAUCAGGUCAGGUGAAUGUAUGAUUCUCUGCUUAUCGAACCUCCAUUGCACCACUCUUUUUAUUUACCCAUUUGCAACUAUUUCGCUGAUCUAUGACAUUUUUCAGACAACAUACUACUACAACUUCCUGGGUCUAGAACUUUCUAAUUUUUAUAUAUUAGUCAUAGUAACAAUUGCGUACCCCACUACCCAAUUGGGUAAUAUACCUGGAAUCUUGUAACUUUAACCGAUUACUAUAACUUUUGUUACAUGAACACCAGUCCAAAGGAGAUUUGUUUUUCUUGAACAAGGUGGGAUCAUUGUAUUGGCUACACUUACAUAUAUUGGAGACAUGUCAAUGUUCCACUAAGCUAAUGGGAUCAUAACAAGCAUGUCCUUCCUCAUCUGCCAUUAACUUUAGCUUGAAGAGAUAGGGACUGUUUGCCUCACAUACUAGCACUUUUGGCACUUGUACUUCAAUAGGCAAUCAACCAUAGUAAUCUCCUAACAUCGUAGUGUUAAGUUGCCGCCAGUAGUCCAGAAAGCUUAAGCUGUUAGAAAAUGGGCUCAAGAAUGUAUAUCAAGCUAUCUAACACGUAGAUCUUUGGCAAUUGAUCUUAGGGACAUUAACAUCAUAGAAGAAGGCUGUAUCUAAUGCAGAAAGUUCCCUCUUGGAUCGUGGUUUGGGAGGAGCAAUAGAUAAGCAGUCUCCAUAUGCUAUGGGUUAGAAGUUAGCAGCCUUCUAGGUUCACCUAGGUGCCUUUCACCCGGGUGCUUUCCUUUUUUCUGAUGUCCCAUUUACCGGAAAUAAUACUGAGUGGUCAUGCAUGAUGCAUGGAUGGGUGCCUUUUCUUUUCCCAAUUUUUCUUGUGGAAACGUUUGCACUUUGCACUAACCCAUUUGAUUUGAUACCCAUCUAGCUUUUUGGAUGCAUUUAAGCUUUGCGUGAGCUGCAACAGAAACAUACUUUGGACUACAAAAACUGAAGCUUCUCUCAUGGGCACAUUUGUGGGGCAUAUAGUACCUGGUUUGGCCCUUGUUCUUAUUGGUAUGUGGCACACGGUGAACACAGUCAACGACUACUAUCUCAAAGGCUCUGCCAAAUUUGUUUUCAGUUUCUGGUAUCCGUUUAAGAGCCCCCUUUUCGCACUAAAACACUUCGAACUCCUUUCCAUCUUGUCUUUCUCCAUCUUUGCCAUCUUCAUGCAGGUCAUGGACUACCCUUUCCUCCACUUCUCCUUCAAGCUCGACAAUUUCGAGCAUGCGACAAUGUUCCUCCACCUAGCCAUAUUUUCUGGGUUUACCCUUUGUGCGGAGUUAACUCAUUCAUCGGGGACGACAUCUGGGGUCUCUGGAGUCCUCGCUUCCUCUGUUUUCGGUCAAGAGCUUUUCCUACUCCAUUAUCACUCAGCAGACCACGUCGGACUAGAAGGCCAUUACCAUUGGCUUUUGCAGCUCAUAGUGUUGGUCUCUCUCAUUUCUUCUCUCUCUUCAACUAGUUUCCCUUCCAGCUUCCCCGUGGCUCUUUGUUUGGGGAUUUCUGUUGUUUUCCAAGGGUGUUGGUUUCUCAACAUGGGUUUUAUGUUAUGGAUUCCAAAGUUUGUUCCACAAGGAUGUGUUGCGGAUUAUGAGAAUAUGCAUGGAGCAGUCACGUGUCUGACGCACGAGGCUGGAGCAAGGGCGAUGGCCCUAGCCAACAUGCAAUUCAGUUGGAUACUUGCUGGAAUUAUGAUUAUUGCCUCGUGUAUUUCCUUGAAGCACGCUAUGCAUUUUAGGCCAAGGGGGGAGUCUGCUGUUUAUGAACAACUUCACAGCACAGGUGCAAAUAUAUCUGUUGCUAUUACUGGAUUCAAGCAACCGAGUGCAUGAGAUAGUGUAGUGUGAGUUUUUGAAUGCAAAGCUUAUCAUGUUGCACUGCAAGGCAUCUAGAGAGCACUUGGAAUGUUUCUACCAGUCUAUGUAAAUAGGACUAAGUUGUAUCCGAACCUUUUUUGUGUCUAGAUAGUAGGAUCAGAUGUGUCAAGGAUUUGCAAUAUUUUAGCUCUCAUGACAUGGGAUAUGGGAGUUACUUUAUCUA